AAUGUUGCGAGCAAGAGGAAGAAGAGCUUCCCUUCAUUGGUUCCAUCUUCUUGUUCGACACUUGGGUUCUUUUUCCAAUCCAACAGACUUUCGUUCUUCUUCAACCUUCACAAACAGAGCCCAAUUCCUCGAUUCCAUGAGAAGCCUCAAAAGUGAAGAGUCUGCUCUGAGUUUCUUCCACAAAAUGGUUGCCAUGAACCCUCUCCCUCCCGACAAGGAUUUCGCCACACUGUUCGGAGUCAUUGUGAAGAUGAAACAUUACGCAACCGCAAUUUCCCUGAUCAAACACACGUAUUCAUUAGGGGUGAAACCCGAUGUGCACACUCUGACCAUUGUCAUCAAUUGUUUGUGCCAUCUGAAGCACACGGUGUUUGGGUUCUCUGUAUUAGGAGCCAUGUUUAAAAUUGGUGUGGAGCCCACAGUGGUGACUUUUGCCACACUGAUUAAUGGGCUGUGUGCGGAAGGCAAUGUGGGUGCAGCAGCGAGGUUUGCCGAUAGUUUGGAAGACAUGGGCUAUGAAUCUAACAGUUACACCCAUGGCACCAUAAUUAAUGGAUUGUGUAAGGUCGGUGACACGGCUGGUGCAAUCUCGUAUCUUGAGAAGAUCGAGGGAAGAAAUCGCGGUUUCGAUCUUCUUAUAGCUUACAGCACAAUCAUGGACAGCCUUUGCAAGGAUGGGAUGCUAUGCCUGGCUUUGAAUUUCUUCUCGGGAAUGACCUGUAAAGGUAUUCAACCUGAUCUCGUCGCUUAUAAUUCAUUGAUUCAUGGCCUUUGCAGCUUUGGUAGAUGGAAUGAGGCUGCAGCUCUUUUCGGUAACAUGAUGACAAAGGGAAUCGUACCAAAUGUGCAAACUUUUAAUGUUUUAGUUGACAAUUUCUGCAAAGAGGGGAAGAUUUCAAGGGCAAAAACUAUAAUGUGUUUCAUGGUCCAUGUGGGUGUGGAACCUGAUGUUGUCACGUAUAAUUCAGUUAUUAGUGGUCAUUGUUUGCUAAGUCAAAUGAAUGAUGCCGUGAAAGUAUUUGAGUUGAUGAUUCACAAGGGCCUCUUGCCAAAUGUUGUAACUUAUAGUUCAUUAAUCCAUGGAUGGUGUAAAACUAGAAACAUAAAUAAGGCUAUCUUUGUGUUGGAUGAGAUGGUUAAUAAUGGACUAAAUCUGGAUGUUGUCACUUGGAGCACUCUUAUUGGGGGCUUUUGCAAAGCAGGGAGACCAGAAGCUGCCAUAGAAUUGUUUUGUACAAUGCACGAGCAUCACCAACUUCCCAAUCUCCAAACAUGUGCCAUUAUUUUGGAUGGACUAUUCAAGUGUCAAUUUCAUUCUGAGGCAAUAUCAUUGUUUAGGAAGAUGGAGAAGAUGAAUUUGGAACUUAAUAUCGUAACAUACAACAUUGUUCUGGAUGGAAUGUGUAGUUUUGGAAAAUUCAAUGAUGCACGAGAACUCUUUUCGUGUUUGCCAAGUAAAGGCAUACAAAUUGAUGUUGUUGCUUAUACCACAAUGAUUAAAGGUCUAUGUAAAGAAGGACUAUUGGAUGAUGCUGAAGACUUAUUGAUGAAAAUGGAAGAGAAUGGCUGUCCCCCAAAUGAGUUCACUUAUAAUGUCUUAGUCCGAGGAUUGCUGCAAAGAUAUGAUAUUUCAAGAUCAACAAAAUACCUUAUGCUAAUGAAAGGCAAAGGUUUAUCAGCAGAUGCUACUACAACAGAAUUGCUUAUCAGCUACUUCUCUGCUAAUAAAGAAAAUAGUGCAUUACAAGUGUUUUUGCAGAAGUUUGUUUGAGUAUUUAAUAGUGGUUGAAAUACCAACAUUUUCGUUAGGGCCAACUGGUUCU